AUGCGUCGUGUCAAAAAAUUUUCUUGUGAAACAUCACGUUUUCUUUUACCUACAUUUCGUCGCCCAUGUUAUCGUGAAAUAAACACAAUAAAUACCAUGUGUGAUCCAGCAGAAAAAACUUUUGCAAAAUGGAGUGAAGAAGAUGGACAAUAUUACCGUACAAUUAACACGGCUCUUCUUAAUGAUGAUUAUGAAGUAUUGAAAAAAAAUGUACAAUUUAUUAAUAGUUUAAAAAUGGCAAUUAAAAAUGAGAGCAAAAAUGAAUUUGUUAAAGUUUAUCGUGGAUUAUCGAUUAAUCCUGAACAUGUAAGACAAGAAUAUAAAAUAGGUUUAAAAUUUUUAUGGCCAACAUUUACCUGUGCAUCAAGAAAUAGAGAUGAAGCAAGUUGUUUUGGUGAUUAUAUAUUUGAAAUCGAUGCAUCAAAGGAUGAUUGGACAUAUCGUUGUGAUAUUUCAAAAUAUUCUGUCUACCCAGAAGAACAAGAAGUUUUAUUCUAUCCAUAUAGUGGCUUUAUUGUUCAGAAUAUUCUAUAUGAUGCAAAAAUAAUUCAAUUAAAAUGUAUUGAUACACUGGAAGUUGAAUCGAGCUGUGAAAAAAGUAUUCCAUCUUGCGUUAAAAUUUUUGAUUCAUCGAGAAAUAUGUUCGUUUAUUUCUAUAAAGAUAGUGCUGAUGUCCAUUGGUCAUAUGGUGAUAAACCAAAUGAAAUCUUUUUAAUUGCGCAAAAUAUGAAUGGCUAUUGGGAUGCACCUUAUCGUUAUCAUCAUUGUAAUGGAUAUUUUAUAGAUAAAGGAAACAAUCAAUGGGAAGAAUAUCAAAACAAUAAUUUACAUGCAAGUCAAUUUCUUUAUCAAAUUUAUAAUUAUGAUAAUUAUCUUUAUACAAUAAUUAUUCAAGAUAAAUUAUAUAAUAUUCGAGUUUCAAAUUUAAAAAAUCAUCAAUUAACUAUUAUUGAUAAAAUUCAACAACAAUCAAAUUAUUGUUCAGAUAUAUUAUUUCAACUUACAAAUUUAUUUUCAAAAUUCUCAAAUCAAAUAUAUCAUUUAUAUAUUAAUUAA